UUUUUUUCGUUGUUGCCAUCAUCAUCAUCAUCAUCUUCAUCAUCAGCAUCAACAUCAUCGAGGCCAAAGAGAUUUUAUGAUUGAAACCAUGAAAACAUUCAAUCUCUAUGCUUGGUAACAAAAAAAAUUUGGUCACGGCCACAUACACACAUACAUACAAACAAUUAUGAUUCAAUCAAUCCAUUUUGAUUUUGUUCAUGUUUAGUUUUUGAUUUCAUUUUUUUUUCUCUCUAUAUCUAACUCUCUCCUGCUUACUUGAUGUUUAAUGGAUGGACAUUGAUAAUGAUGAUGAUAACAGUGGUGGUGGUGGUGGUCUUGUCCAUAUACAAACACUUUUGAAUUCAAGUUUUGUCUCUCGUUUAUGCGAAAAUAUCUUCACUUUCACUUUUUUUUUUAUUUCAUUUCUUAUACAAUGAUGAUUAUCAGCUAUUUCUCAAUUCGAAAGAAGUAGAAAACAUUUUUUUCAACUUGAAAUUUUGAAAUUUUCUUGUCCUCGAACUGUCGUUGUGAGUUGUUCGAGCUGAUUUCAGAUCGCCAUCAUCAUCAUUAUCAUCAUCGCCGAAUGGACAAACAACGAAAGAAAGAGAAAAAAAAACAUUCCAUCAACAGUUGAUUGAGUAACCAAUUGAGCAAAUUUCACUCUAUGUUUGAAAAAAAAUUACCUUUUACCAUUCGAAUUGAUAUUUGUUUUUCUCUCUCUCUCUCUCUCUCUCGCUAUGGAUUCGAUUCAAUCGUCUCUUUUUUUGUUGUCAAUUUGAUCCAUGAUCCAAUCAAACGUCAACAAUUAUAAUUAUCGAUGGUCACAAUAACGGCUCCACCUUUGAAAAUUGUUUAUUCCAUUGUUUGUUUACGAUUUGAUGAAUGAAAAUUCUUUGUAUUGAAAAAUACCAAAGACCAACAAUACCAUCAAUCGAUUUCCCGAUUAUUUUCUUAUAACAUAAUUGGCAUUUUUAUUGGAAAAAUCAAUCAAUCAAUCAAAUUGAGUGUGUGUGUGUGUGUGUGUUUCGCUGGUUUUUCCAACAUCAAGAUAUAAUAUAUCAAAUAUAAAUAUAUAACAGAAAAAAAUGCAUCAAUGUUGGUCAUUUCUUUACAUUGCCAUCAAGAUGACAUUAUUAAGUCUAAUAGGCAUCUAUCUUUUAUUGGUAUUAAAACCAUUAUUUUUUGUACAAAUAUCUGCACAUCGUAUGACGAUUGAUUUAAGCUAUAAAAUGGAUGCAAAAAUAAUGAAAUGGAUUACAGCACGACCAUAUGAAUUACGAAUAUUAAGUCGUGAUAAAAAAAUUGGUAAUCAAACCAUUCGAAUUCAAUCGGAUGAAAUAUUCAUGGCUACUCAUACGGGUACUCAUAUGGAUGCACCGAAUCAUUUCGGUGGAAAAGAUAAAUGGUCUAUUGCCGAUAUACCAUUAGAGAAUCUUAUUGAACGUCCAUUGGUCAUUGUUGAUGUUGUUGGUCAAUCACAAAGUCAACGUGAUUAUCAAACGACUGUUGAUGAUCUUAUGGAAUGGGAACAGAAAAAUGGUCCAAUCGAAUCCGGUUCAGUUGUUAUUAUACGUACGGGUUGGUCAAGAUUUUGGCCAAAUAAACUGGAUUAUUUUGGUACUGAUACAACCGAUGAUAAAUUGGCACAUUUUCCCGGAUUACAUCCAUUAGCUGCUCGUUGGUUAGUUGGAAAAGAAAUAGUUGGUGUCGGUAUUGAUGGUCCUUCAAUUGAUUGUGGCCAAUGUAAUGAUUAUAUGUCACAUGUUAUUCUAAAUGAAAAUAAUAUUUACAUUUUGGAAAAUUUGGAUCAAUCUAUAUUCGAUAUAAAUCCAGUCGGUGCAACAUUAACUGUAUUACCAAUGAGAUUAUCAGAUUCAAGUGGAUGUCCAGUAAGACCAAUAGCACAAUUUUCACAUGAUCAUCAUUCAAUGAAUGAUGGUCAUAUAAUAAAAUCAUCAUCAUCAAUCAUCAUGAUGAUCAUAUUAAUUAUCUCAACAUUAUUUUUAUAAUUUGUCCAUCAGAUGGCGAAACUUGUCAUCAUCGAACAAUUCCAUAUAAAAAUCUUUUUCUUUUUGAAAACUUCAUUUUUGUAUAGAUAUUUUUAAAAAAAAAAAUUUUUUUUU